ACAAUGCCGGUCGCUCCGUCCUUAGUCAAAAUUAUAUUCGUCUUCUGUAUCCAACAUGUGAGCACAACGGAUGUUAUAGACAGAAAGACAGAUCCUAGCAUAUUAGAAGAUGCUGCUUUGAACACCUUCAAUUUAAUACGUAAAUACGGGUAUCCGUGUGAAAUACACCAUGCCGUCACCCACGACGGGUAUGUGUUGGAAAUGCACAGGAUCCCCUACGGUAGGAAGAACACGACUAAGGACGGAAGGCCGGUGGUAUUCCUGCAACACGGUCUACUCUCCUCUUCGGCGGAAUGGGUGCUGAUGAGCCCCGAAAAAGGUUUUGCAUACCUACUAGCAGACGCAGGAUAUGACGUCUGGAUGGGCAACGCUCGAGGGAACACGUACUCACGCGGCCACAUAUCCCUGACCACGGCCUCAUCAGACUACUGGAAGUUCAGCUGGCACGAAAUCGGCUACUACGACAUACCUGCCAUGAUAGACUACACCAUUUACGUCACCAAGGUCCCGAAGAUCCAGUAUAUCGCGUUCUCCCAAGGGACAACGGUCUUCUGGGUGAUGACGUCAUCGAAACCGGAGUACAACGACAAAAUUCUGGCCAUGCAUGCUCUCGCACCCAUUGCAUAUGUGGGUCACAUGAGAAGUCCUCUUGUCAAGGCAAUAGCUCCGCUAACAACCGGGUUGCAUAAAAUAAUACAACUGCUGGGACCUGAUGAGUUUCUUCCAAAUGGUAAAAUUAACGAGUUGGCGGGCCAACGUCUAUGCCUGGAGGAAUCUUACACGCAAGUUUUGUGCAAGAAUUUGCUGUUCCUAAUCUGCGGCUUUGACACCGAGCAACUGAAUAAUACAAUGCUUCCAGUAGUCCUCGGCCACACUCCAGCAGGCGCGUCCACUAGACAGUUCGUACAUUUCGGCCAGCUCUACAACUCCGAUAAGUUCACCAACUUCGACCACGGGUGGAUCGUCAACAAGUACACCUACGGCACCUUCACACCUCCCGCCUACAACCUCAGCGCCAUCCGAACCCCCAUCUUCCUCCACUACGCCGACAACGACUGGCUCUCGACCCCUAAGGACGUCGACCGGUUACUCCACGAGGUCAAAACGGUCGUCGGAAAAUUUAAGGUCCCUCUACAAAAGUUCAACCAUCUGGAUUUUGUUUUCGCUAACGAUGCAAAAUCGUUGUUAUAUGAUCGUAUUAUGAGUAUUAUGUCCGGAUUUUUGUGA